CGCGAGGAGAAGGAUUCAUCCCUUCCAUACCACUCUCAGCCCUCAACCACCCCUUGUCCUCUAGAGUCUCGUCAACUCCUCAGCAGCAGCAGCAGCAGCCUCUCUCACCUCUUUGCCUCCACCCGGGCCUUUUCAUCUCUUACACAUAGGGACGCCCUCACCAUGCUACAAACCAAGCCCAUCCUCCAGGCCCGUUCCACUCUCCUCCAUCACAUCAAAUCCAUCAUGGCCCUCCUCCAGCCCAUCAUGGCACCAACUACACGGCGCAACGACGACAAGUUGAUACCCAGAGUCGUCGCCGCAGCUACCACCACCGCACGGCGGAAACUGACUCUCCCGGAGCGGAUCCCCCGCGGUGCGUGGGACUCACACAUGCACGUCGUCGACCCGGCCGCCUACCCCUUGGCAAAGGACGCCGUCUACUGCCCCAAGACGCACCGCCUCGACCACGCCCUCGCUUUCGAGUCCUCCGUCGGCAUCGACAACAUCGUCCUCGUGCAGCCUUCCAUCUACGGCAACGACAACACCUGCCUCCUCGACGCCUUGCGUGCCCUCGGUCCACGCCGCGGCAGGGCAGUGGUGGCUUUCGAACCCGGCAGCCUGUCUCAGAGCACACUGGCAGAGUGGCACAGGCUCGGUGUACGAGGCGUCCGGAUCAACCUCUCCUCGGCGGACAAAUCCCUCAACGCCAUGGAGCUCGACUCUUUACUCCGUCGGUAUGCCCACGACUGCAAGCCUCUGGACUUGGUGAUACAGGUGUACAUGCCCAUGUCCAUGAUCGAGCUUCUCGAGCCCAUCGUCCCGACGCUCGGCGUGCGCGUCUGCAUCGAUCACCUCGGACAUCCUAGCAUCAAGGACAUGCCGUCACACAACCCUUACGAUAUAAAGGGCUUCAAGUCCCUGGCCAAGCUGCUCCGUGCUGGAAACACCUACGUCAAGUUAUCGGCGCCGUACCGGCUGAGUUCCAAGGCCGAUCAUAGCGACCUGGAACCGAUUGCGCGAGAGGUGCUUCACCUGCGGGGCAAGGACAGAGUCAUCUUUGCGACGGACUGGCCCCAUACCCGGUUCGAGGGUUUAGAUAUCCGGCCCUGGAUGGAGACGGUGCUUGACUGGUGCGGGAAGGAUGAUGUUCUGGUUGACAGGUUGUUCAGGGGUAACGCGGAGGAUCUAUGGAGUGCCCGUCGCAGCAAAUGAUGCAUCACAUCAGCGAUAUGUUUCUGGUUGGCUUUACACCCUCUGAAUAGCCUGCAUUCUCUUUUACUAGCAUAGCGUUGCUGCAUGGCGGUUGUGUGGUUUUUUGAGCGGUUCAUUCACAAAGCAACAAUUACGUCGGCUUCCGACGCGACACGAUACGAUUUUAUGACCAUGAAGAAAUACAGAAUUUGUAAUGAUGGCUUUGGCUACAACUCAACUUUUUUUGCACUGUUCUGAUUAUGUGGUUUUAAUGUGGUAUGGCG